CACAGUGUGGAGAAAACUGUACUCUCAGAAUGACUGAUCCCAUGCUUGACCAGAUGACCAGACUCAAACUCAGGCUGCUGGAGAAGAGACUGGAGAAUGAGAGGGACAACAAGGACGGCAGAGCAGAAUCUGCCCUAUCCACCAGGAGUUUUGAUGGGCAGGUGGAUGCGCUGCACAGUGUGCUUAGACGAAAAAAGGACCUGCUGCAAAGACUGAGGGAGCAGCACAUGUUGGAGGACCUGAGCAGACCUCACACCUGGGGUGGGACAGGGAGACGGUACCGCCCAGACCUCCUCCCUCCUCCUGUCCCUCUGCCUCCUACUCCGGCCCCCAUCCAUAUCUACCAGCCUGCCCUUGCACCCCCCGCUCCACCCCCGCCACAGCCCCCACGCAUCAUCCAGCAAAUGUUGCCCCAGCAGCCUACUACCUUCAUACAGCAGUUACCACAGCAACAGCCCCUCAUACAACAGAUACCCCCUCCUCAGCCUUACCCUGCACCACGGUCUGGGAGCAUCAAAGAAGACAUGGUGGAGCUGAUGUUGAUGCAGAAUGCUCAGAUGCAUCAGAUCAUAAUGCACAACAUGAUGCUGAAAGCAAUACCUCCCACAGCCCUGUCACCACCUAACCCAGGACAGGAUGUUGUUGUGAGGUCAGCGGUCAAACCAAGAGGAAACUCCGUCCACCACCAUCACUACGGCCCC